AUGUCUCAUCGUGAAGUUCUUGGCGUUGUCGUCCUCGCUCGCAAUGGUGACCGCACUGAGGCCUACCAGGACCCCAUCACCUACCAGCCUGGUCCCACCCUCAGCACUCCUCUUGGCGAGGCUCAGGCACACCAGCUCGGUCAGUUCCUGCGCGAGACGUACUUGAACAGCGAGAACCCGUCGCACAUCCGUGGCAUCUCCGCCGAACUCGUCGAUCUCUCGCAAGUCCAUGUCCGUGUCAAGGUUGGCUCUGAGGGCCCCUCCGUCUUCGACUCGGCGACUGCCCUCCUCCAGGGUCUGUUCCCGCCCAACCCUGCCAACCGCAUCACCCUUGCAAACGGCACCACCAUCGUGGCUCCCCUCGGCGGAUACCAAUACGUUCCAGUUGAGACUGUCGAGCCCACUAAUGACAGGUCGCUCGAGAGCUGGACUGACUGCCCUGCUUUUGACAAGCACGUCGAGAAGGUCCAAAAGUCGCAGACAUUCAAAAAGCUCGCAGAGGGUGCACAGCGCUUCCUCAACGACGUCCGUGACUUCGUCUUCGGUACCGAGGUUUCUGUGGAGAACGCGUACAACGUCUGGGAUUACAUAAACACGGAGCUCACCCACAACAAGACCUAUGCGCACCGUCUUCCGCCGACGUACAUCGAUCAGGCCCGCUCGCUGGCGAACACCCGCGAGACCCUCGUCUUCUCCGAUCCCCAGCUGGCUGGUGUUGGUAAUAUCGCGGCCCGCACCGUGCUCCACUCCAUCCUCGGGGCCCUCCAGCGCGUCGCGUACAACGAUGAUCCGCUCCAGUUCAUGCUGAUCGAGACGACGUACCAGCCCUUUAUCUCGCUGUUCCACAUGACCGGCGUCCUCAAGGCGCAUCCGGAGCUCGUGGGCAUUCCCAACUACGCAUCCGCUCUCGCGAUCGAGCUCCGCCGUGGGCGUGCGCCGGACGUGCGCGACUUCCUGCGCUUCAAGUUCAAGAACGGCACCCAGGAUGAGGACUUUGAGACGGUUCACGUGUUCGACCAUGGCGAGGACAUCCCGCUGACCGAGUUCAUCUACUACCUCGAGAACUCGGUCAUCAACAGCAACCGCGAGUGGGCGAAGGCGUGCGGUGUGUCGUCGUCGUCGUGGUUCGGCAUCGAGGGCGGGUCGGACAACUCGUUUGUCAACGCUGGAGCUGGCGCGCUUCUCGCCGUGGUCAUGAUGUUCGGCCUCUGGCUCGUGUCCAGGUCGGUCAGGAACCUCAGGCGCCGCAAUUACGUCCGCCUCGAGGGUGACGAUGUGAGUUGCCGCACGCACUUGUCGAGGGUCGCUCUCGCUCACAAUGACUGCCACGCACAGGAGACGACCCAGGUCCACAACGAGAAGGCAAUGCUCCUCCAGAGGGCCUAA